AUCGUUAUUCUAAUGAACGUGUUUGUAUUCGAAAUUGAUAGGACCAUUUAAUUGUCAUUUUCAUGAUAACUGAAUUAGUACUGGGCUUAAUCUAAUUAAGUUGCAGCUUCCACUGGCAUCAUGAGGCUGAUAAGCAUGCUGGCUGUUUGUAUUGCAUGUUGUGUUUGCGACUAUCCAAUAAAAUUCCCAGAGACAGGCCUGCCGUGUGUUAUGCUGAAAUUUGAUUCUUACAACUCUUUGUCAUGGACAGGAAAUGGAACAACAAAGAAUGUACCACUGUGGACGUUUGAAGAUCUGUCAGUAAUAGAUGGAACGUGUGAGGGGCAAAAUAUUGAUCCAUUUGUGCAAGUAAGGUUUCAUAAGGAUAAUUCUACCUUCAAGUUUACCUUCAAGAACAGUUCAGACAUGGUGAAUGUUGUUAUGGACUUAGAGUUUGUGCCUGAUAUAGUCUUCAAGAAUGGAAUGACAGACCCAGUUUCUAUUACAACUGAGAUUAACCAAGUGAGCAGUAUGGAAAACUCCUACCAGUGUGAUGCAGAGCAGAAAUAUGACGGAAACAAGUCAGAUAUGAAUGACACUUACAACCUGGAAUUGAAGUUUACACGUGUUCAUAUGCAGGCGUUUAAUAUUGAAAAUGGAACUUUUUUAAAAGGUGACCACUGUCCUGCAGAUGCUGAAUUAACAUCCACACUAACACCAUCAACAACCACAGCACCAACUAAGACAGGAUCAACACCAACUUCAACAGCACCAACUGCAACAACACCAGCGCCAAAUCCCUCAAACCACCCCGAGCUGUCUUUGAGCGUUAAAGAUGAUGCCAAUAAGACCUGUAUCCUUCUGAAGGCCCAGAUGAUGAUCAUUGUACAAUACCAGACAAAUGAUACGAACAAAACUGCUCAGAUAGGAGUAGAAAGCCCCAUAGUGACAGGAAGUUGUAAUUCAUCUUCCCUGGAAAAUGCCCUCAAUGCCAUGAUGAUGAACCAGACGAUGAGUAUCACUUUCCAUAAGGAUUUCGUGAUAGAUAUCAGCUUUGGCAAGGAUGGUGACAAUGUCUGGUGGGAUACAUUGAGUGUACAGGGAAAAUACACACCAGAACUUUUCCCUAACGCAAUAGAUGCCAGCCAACCAUUCAAUUCGUCAAACAACAACCUAAUGCAAGCAUUUAAGACGCAUACAGAUGGCUCCUAUCUGUGCAAUGCAGAUACAAAGACGGACUUGAAAGGGGGAAUAACUCUUGAGACGUGGAAUCUGCAGUAUGCAGCUUAUCAGACAGAUAUUUCUGACUUCAGUCAAGAUGAUGUUACCGAUUGUGAUGCCGAUGCGCUCAUAGGUUUCACCGCUGAAAUGAUCGUUGGGACUAUCUUGGCUGCAGUUGUGGAUUUUGCUCUCCUUGUAUACAUGUUAAGUCGUCGAAGGUCAAAAAUAGGUUACAUUCAGCUAUGAAAGUAAUUGAGUGCCUUUUUCAAUAAUAUGAUGUAUACAAAUUAUUUAUACAACAAUGUCCAAUGAAAUAAGAUUAAUAAAACACUGUUCAAGUAUUAAAUGCCGCUGGUUAAGAUUCCGU